AUGAUUUCCCUACUGGGGCUCAUGGUUUUACUGACAGCGGGAGAUGUUUUCACGAACUUUCACUUCAGCGCCUCAGCCCAGUCAGGUGAGCGAAGGGUGGUUGCUCACCAGCCGGGGGACAUCAUCAUUGGGGCUUUAUUCUCAGUUCACCACCAGCCACCCGCGGACAAGGUCCACGAGAGGAAAUGCGGCGCCAUAAGGGAGCAAUAUGGCAUUCAGAGAGUUGAAGCCAUGCUGCACACACUUGAGCGCAUCAACGCGGACCAAAUGUUGUUACCAAACAUAACAUUAGGAUGUGAAAUUAGGGACUCUUGCUGGCACUCCGCGGUGGCUCUAGAACAAAGUAUUGAGUUUAUAAGAGACUCUCUUAUCUCCAAUGAGGAAGAGGAGGGAAUAGUGCGCUGUGUUGAUGGAACUACCGUACCGUUCAGAGCCAAAAAGCCCAUCGUUGGCGUUAUCGGGCCUGGUUCCAGCUCUGUGGCCAUUCAAGUGCAGAACCUACUGCAACUUUUCAACAUACCUCAAAUUGCAUACUCUGCCACGAGCAUGGAUUUAAGCGAUAAAACAUUGUUUAAAUAUUUUGUAAGAGUGGUGUCAUCUGAUGCCCGUCAAGCGCGUGCCAUGGUUGACAUUGUGAAGAGGUACAACUGGACCUACAUCUCCGCUAUACACACAGAAGGUAAUUAUGGAGAAAGUGGCAUGGAAGCUUUUAAAGAGAUGGCAGCUAAAGAGGGAAUCUGCAUUGCUAACUCCUACAAAAUCUACAGCAAUGCUGGCGAGCAGAACUUUGAUAAGCUUUUGAGGAAGCUGCGCAGUCAACUUCCAAAGGCCCGAGUUGUGGCUUGCUUUUGUGAGGGCAUGACUGUAAGAGGGCUGCUGAUGUCCAUGAGGCGACUUAGAUCAUUGGGAGAGUUCCAGCUGAUUGGCAGUGAUGGCUGGGCAGAUAGGUAUGAUGUGACAGAUGGCUACCAGCGAGAGGCAGCUGGAGGUAUAACAAUCAAACUCCAGUCUCCUGAUGUAACAUGGUUUGAUGAUUACUACCUUGAGCUGCGGCCAGAGACUCACUUCAGUAAUCCCUGGUUCCCGGAGUUUUGGCAACAUAGAUUUCAGUGCAGGCUGAAAAAUCAACAGCAAGAAAAUUUUGAAUAUAACAAGACCUGUGACGGAACAGAAUCGUUACAUGAGCAAUAUGUACAAGACACCAAAAUGGGAUUUGUGAUAAACGCAAUUUAUUCAAUGGCCCACGCUUUACACAACAUGCAACAAAACCUGUGUCCUGGAGUUAAUGGGCUAUGUGAAGCCAUGAAACCUAUCGAUGGGAGAAUACUGUUGGACUUCCUCAUGAAAAUCAACUUUACUGGAGUAUCUGGAGAUAUCAUCUCUUUUGAUGAAAAUGGUGAUUCACCAGGAAGGUAUGAAAUAAUGAAUUUUAAAAAGCUGGGCAAAGAAUAUUUUGACUAUAUUAAUGUUGGAAGCUGGGACAAUGGAGAGCUGAAAAUGGAUGAUGAUGAAAUCUGGUCCAGUAAGAAUCUUGUUGUCCGGUCUGUCUGCAGCGACCCAUGUAAAAAAGGGGAAAUAAAAGUGAUCCGGAAAGGUGAGGUAAGCUGUUGCUGGACCUGUACCCCAUGUAAGGAAAAUGAAUUUGUGUUUGAUGAGUACACCUGCCAAGCAUGUCUCCUUGGCUCUUGGCCAACUAAAGAUCUCAGAGAUUGUGAAAGGAUUCCUGUGAAGUACCUCAGAUGGGGAGAUCCUGAACCAAUUGCUGCAGUUGUCUUUGCCUGCCUUGGUCUUCUUGCCACCAUGUUUGUAAUGUUUAUAUUUAUGGUGUACCGGGAUACUCCUGUAGUCAAGUCAUCCAGCCGGGAACUUUGCUACAUCAUUCUAGUGGGAAUCUUUCUCGGCUACCUGUGUACUUUCUCUCUCAUCGCCAAACCCCAAAAGAUUUACUGUUAUCUACAGAGAAUUGGAAUUGGUCUUUCCCCUGCAAUGAGCUACUCUGCACUUGUGACAAAAACCAAUCGGAUUGCUCGGAUCCUUGCUGGGAGCAAGAAAAAAAUCUGCACUAAGAAGCCCAGAUUUAUGAGUGCCUGUGCCCAGCUCGUAAUUGCCUCAAUGCUGAUAUGUAUUCAGUUAGGAAUAAUUGUUUCCCUGUUUAUAAUGGAGCCACCAGAGGUCAUCCAUGAUUAUCCAACUAUCCGAGAUGUCAAGCUGAUAUGCAAUACCACCAACAUAGCCGUGGUUGCCCCUCUUGGAUAUAAUGGCCUAUUGAUUUUAAGUUGCACCUUCUAUGCUUUUAAAACUCGAAAUGUCCCUGCCAAUUUCAAUGAAGCCAAGUACAUUGCAUUUACCAUGUACACCACCUGUAUCAUAUGGCUUGCCUUUGUACCCAUCUACUUUGGAAGCAACUACAAGAUCAUUACCAUGUGUUUCUCUGUUAGUCUAAGUGCUACAGUGGCACUGGGCUGUAUGUUUGUUCCAAAAGUAUACAUCAUCCUGGCUAAACCGGAAAGAAAUGUGCGCAGUGCAUUUACCACAUCCACUGUUGUCCGAAUGCAUGUUGGUGAUGGGAAGUCAUCUUCUGCCGCUAGCCGCUCCAGCAGUUUGGUAAACUUAUGGAAAAGGAGAGGAUCAUCUGGAGAGACUCUAAGGAUAUCCUUUGGGAUGCAGCCGUCCACCACGCAUGACUCGAAACCCAUUGGAAUCUCAAAUGGAAAAUCUGUAACCUGGGCUCAAAAUGAACGUAUUUCACGAGGUCAUCACCUGUGGAAGAGGCUUUCUGUUCACAUAAAGAAGAAAGAUAAUACAUCGAAACAAUCUGCUCUCAUUAAACCUUUCUCCAAAAGCUCUGAGAGUCGGCAUAGCACACACAGCUAUCCAGAAGCAAAUAUUAAAGGACUGUAUGAUGUCUCUGAGGCCGAGGAGCAUUAUCCAGUCCAGUAUGUACCACAAACACCUUCACCUAUAAGUAUCGUGAGCCACAGAGCUGGAUCUGUCAGCCGAGCAGAGAAGGAAAUACCCACAUUCCAGUCUGAGCACAUGCAGAGAAGCAGUUCUUCCCAAGGCUCUCUAAUGGAGCAGAUCAGCAGUGUGGUAAAUCGCUUUACAGCCAACAUCAGUGAAUUGAAUUCUAUGAUGCUCUCAUCAGCUCCUUCAGGGGUUAUUGGUGCAUCUCCCAUCUGUUCAUCAUACCUGCUCCCUAAGGAGAUACAGCUGCCCACUCCGAUCACAACAUUUGCAGAUAUCCAGCCUCUCCCAGCUAUAGAGGUGAAUGGACGAUCACAGCCUGCAAGUGGUGUUUCAAAUGCAAGCGUCAAAGAUGGUACUUCGGAGACUUCAGUGGUCAAAACAGAUUUUGAGGAGCUUGUAGCUCUUACUCCUCCCUCACCUUUCAGAGACUCCGUUGAUUCAGGGAGUGGUUCACCCAAUUCUCCUGUAUCAGAAUCAGCACUUUGCAUCCCAUCAUCUCCUAGAUAUGACACUCUGGUUCUGCGUGACUAUACUCAAAGUUCUUCAUCUCUGUGA